UAGUCCACACCAAUUAUUUUUCUCAAGCAAUAUGUCGGGUAUUUUUAUCCUGUGGAAACCUGGCUUUAGCAGCCAUGUUAAUGAAUCACUUGCAACUUGUAUUAUCUAAAGAAAAUGAUCUAUUAUCCACUCAACAACAGGUUUUUUCCAUCAUUAAACAUUACCUGUACAUUUUGUAUAAUUUUUUCAGCUUUAUGAAGCGUAUUAAUAUUGCCAAGUAGAUGAUCGAAUCUGCCUGAAUUUUCUACUAUUACAAAUAUACCAUUUAACUGUAAAAAAGAAAUACUUUUUAUAGAAAAAGUACAAUAUUAAAAGUACAAUGAUGUUGUUUAAAAUAAAUUCUAUUACAUUUAUAUUCUCUUUCUUAAUAUGAAGAUCCAAUUGCAUUAUAGCUUUUGUAUAAUCUGUAAACAUUUGAUCAGGCGUUAUGAUAACUUUGGAACCAAUAUCUUGUAAUCUGUGAAUUGUAUAUGGUGAAGAACUAUCCAUAUCACCAGUAAUAAAGGUUGGUACAUAUUUACUAUAAUUUCCAUUAAGUACAUCUAUUCCUUGUUCCUUUAAAUAAUUUAACCAUCUGUGUGUACCUCCAUCAACAGUGACAGUUACUUGUGCUACAAAAUAUCAUCUAUGGAUUAUACAAAAUGUUAUUUAUAUUAACACAUCUUUUUAUUAUAUAAAAAUAUUACCAACCUUUUUCCCAAAGUUGAAACAUCAAAUUAUAUUUCAAACAUAUAGGACAAUUUAAUACAACAACGGCGUAUUUAUAGUCGCUAAUGACGUGAAAAAUGUUAAGAGGAUCCCAAACAUUCUUCUCGAUUUCAUGUUGCAUCCUCAAAGUUAAUUUGUAUUUUCGAUAAACUGAAAGUUAAAUAAAAGAAAAGUGAGGUUAAGUCACAAAAACGCAAAAGCACAUGUAUCUCGAAGUUGUCUGUUCUAGAUCGCUGCAGGAAAAGUAUAUUACUUCAAUGUCUUCUACAAUUUGGAUUUGGAAACAAAUAUCUGGCCUUGGAGCAAGAUAUAAUGAUGUGGUAUAUGCACGUCCUAUAAUUUUACAGUCUCAUGAAUUUCUUGUUUACUUUGGUGGCGACAUUCAAGAUUUACAAGAAAAUAUGGUAAAAUGUAUAGAUAAGAAAAAGUAUAUGGAGUGGAGUUUGGACAAUACUGCGCGUAUGCUAUCACACAAUUUUCCUAAAUAUCAUGUAUUUGUUAUCUGCCCAUCUAGGACAUCCAACGUAUUUAGUUGUUUUGAUAAUUUUGUAAAAUCCAAUGAUUAUGGAAUCCCAACAUUCUCUUCUACAUUCAAUGCUUUAGAAAAUCUUCAAGAGCUUAUUAGAUCAUUUUGCACAAAACUUAAUACAUUGGAUGUGAAUCAGAGUACAAUAACAUAUACUCCUGAUAAAAUAAAUCUAAUGUUAAUGGCUUUUAGUAAAGGAUGUGUAGUAUUAAAUCAAUUUCUCUACGAGUUUCAAUAUUAUCAAUCACAAUCAAUACCUAACACUAGUAUGAUAAAUUUUAUAAAUAAUAUUAAAAGUAUAUGGUGGUUAGACGGUGGUCAUGGUGGUUAUAAAGACACCUGGGUUACAGAUAGAAACGUGCUUGAAUCAUUAGCAAAGUUGAAGAUAGAUGUUCAUGUACAUGUGACACCAUAUCAAAUUCAGGAUACUUCUCGACCUUGGAUCUCUAUGGAAGAAUCUUGCUUUUAUAAUACGCUACAAAGUUUAAAUAUGCCUAUACAACGUAUUGUACAUUUUGAGAAUAAACCACGUAGUAUAAUAAUGCAUUUCAAUAUACUUAAAAUUAUAAGAGAGAUGUAACUCUCUUAUUGAACAUAAAAAUUAGAUAAAUAUUAAAAUAAUGUAUAUAAAAAGAUACUAUCUUAUAAGAAUCAAUCUAUUAUAGAAAACUUAAUUUUUAUUUUUCUAGAUUAUUAAGGAAUACAUAGAUAGUCCGCUUCUCUAUCAAUAAUAUCAAAUUUAUGCAUAUAGAAUAAAAAACAACCGAUUUAUAUUACAGUUAUGUACAUAUAUACAUAAAUAUAUGUAAAAUAGGAAUGUACUCUUAAAAGUAAAUCUAUAUUCCUACA